AAUUUUAAAGAUUUUAAACGUCAUAAAGAAAGGUUUGAGGUUAUGUUACAUUGAAUGAAAAUCAUCAACAGCUGUCAAAAUUAAAAGUAUCACAAAAAGAUCAUUUCAUUUCUCACUUUUCACAAAAUUUAACAUUAAAUUUUAAAAAAAAUGGAAAAAUUUAACUUGUUAAUUGUUCACGAUAACUUCCAGACGAGCCUCCACGACGACGACGACGUAAAUUUACACUUUUAUCUACAAAGUUAUGAAGAACUUAAUAAAUUUUUUAAUUUAAUGGGCACAGUUUUCGGUUUUGUCAGCAACGAUUUACGUGCAAAAAUCGAUAUUCUCUCCGAAUUGUUAACGAAAAACGUUGAUAAUUUCCAAACCGUUAAGCGUAUGAUUGAGUAUGAAAAAAAUAAUUUACUUUUAGAAAAAAGUGGUUAUACUUCGGGUUCAAGAACUUUGCUUAGAUUACACAGAGGUUUAGAUUUUAUUCGAUUAUUCCUUAAGAAUAUCGGAGAAAUUCGUGAUGAAGAUGAUACCGGAUGUGUUUGCCGUGAAGCUUAUAAUGUAACCUUAGCUAAACAUCAUCCAUUUUUAAUCAGGAAGGGAGCUCAACUUGCUAUGUAUACAAUGCCAACUCGAGUUGAUUUACUUAAAAAGGUGUGUGGGGAUGAUGAAGAAAGUAUAAAUAAUGCAAUAAAUGUUUUACCUAGAACUUUAGAGGUAACAGGAACUGUUUUUGAAAGAAUAGAAAAACUUUAUGAAGUGCAUAAUCUUCAUGGAUUACCUUAAUUUUAAGGGUUUUAGAAACAUUUUUGAAAGAUUCCCAUUAUUAGCUUAUGUAAGAUAUUAAUUAUACAAGUUAAAAUAAGUUAGAUUUAUCUUUAUUUUAUUAAUGGGUAAUUUAAAUAAUUUCCAGUUAUGUUUUUAAUUUUAUAUUUUACUUUUAAAUAUUAAUUGUUACACCAUUAAAAUUGUUUGUGAUAGAUUUAAUUCUUUAAAUUUGUAUUUAAGCACAUUCAUUGCCACCACAAGAUCUGUUUUAGCAAUAAUUAUACAUUAAUAAAUAUUACUCAACAAUUAUUGCUAAAACAAAUCAAUAUUAUAUGGAUAUUUAAGGGUUUUUAAUUAAUUCAAAGCUGCUUAAGUGUGAUAUAAAACGUAUAUUAAAAAAAUAAUUAUAAAUUAAA